CUUCAACAAGUAUGAACUAUUUUGCUACUAUUGUUCUUUUGUCAUUCUUUUAUAUGGCUAUUGCUGUUCCUAUUCCUGAUGAUGGACCUGAAUCUGACGUUCAUACUUCAAAUGAUAUUCCAAUACCCUUUUUCCCAUACAAGCGCGGUACUAUAGACACUCCUAAUGAAGAUUCAUCUCAAUCGAAUAUGAACACUAAUACCCAAGAUAAUGCCAAUACAGCUAGUUAUAACCCGGGUGAUGCCUUUCAUAAUAAUAAAUGGAUGUAACGAACAUAUUUUUUUUU